AAGGUGGUUCAGGCUAUAUAACUUGCAUGUCGCAGCACCGGAUUCUUCCAAAUUACUGGCCAUGGAAUUCCAAUGACCAUGCAAGAAGGAGCGAUUGAUGCAGCCAAAAGAUUCUUUUCAAUGCCUUCGGAGGAAAAGUACGUAUUGAAUAUCAAGAACCAGGUCGGGUUUCAAGGCUAUGAACCCUUUUGUACCCAGUCGUAUAGCCCGGAUAAUCUCCCGGAUAUGAAAGAGAGCUUCUUUGUGGGACAGGAUAUUCCACUUGACGAUUCGCGCGUAGAAGAACAGCGACUCCUUACAGGUCCUAUUGUUUGGCCGUCGUCGCUUCCGGCUUGUUCUUUCAAGGAACCGGUGGAAGAAUACUACGAUGCGCUACGUGGACUUACGCUUCGCAUCCUAAUGAUGAUAGCCCGAGGGCUCCCAUAUGGUGAUGAUGUGUUUUCAGAGUUCAUUUCCAACAACCCAGCGGCACCAAUGCGCCUCCUGUACUAUCCCCCACAGGAGCCUAAUUGCGACAAAUGGCAGCUAGGAGCGAGCGCGCAUACGGAUUUUGGGGCCAUCACGCUCUUAUUGCAGGACGACAAUGAGGGCCUUCAAGUUUAUAACGCGCAAACCUACAGCUGGAGCACCGUCCCGCCGCGUAAAGACGCGUUUGUAGUCAACGUGGGAGACAUGCUAGAGAAAUAG